UGAGUGACAGAGUUCACUUCCAUUUCCCUCUUCUGCUGCCAGCAAUGGCGUCUGCUGAUCUGAGACAGGAGCUGAACUGUUCCAUCUGCCUGAGCAUUUAUACAGAUCCUGUGACCCUGAGAUGUGGCCACAACUUCUGCUGGGUCUGUAUUGAUCGUGUGCUGGAUACACAGGUGGGGGCUGGAGCUUAUACCUGUCCUGACUGCAGAGCAGAGUGUCAGGAACGUCCUGCACUUAUACGGAACAUAACUCUGUGUAACAUAGUGGAGGGUUUCUUGUCUAUUCGCCCAGAUCAGGAGGAGACUGGGAUCUUCUGCACUUACUGUGUGGACUCUCCUGUACCUGCAGCUACAUCCUGUCUGCAUUGUGAAGCUUCUCUGUGUAAUAAUCACCUGAGAGUACACAGAAAGUCUGCAGAACACGUCUUAUGUGAUCCCAUCACUUCUCCAGGCAACAGAAAAUGCUCUGUUCACAAGAAGAUCCUGGAGUAUUACUGCACUGAGGACGAUGUCUGUAUUUGUGUGUCCUGCCAUUUGGCCAGAGAACAUCGGGGACACCUGGUGGAGAUGCUGGAUGAGGCCUCUGAGAAGAAGAAGGAGAAGCUGAGAGAUGUUCUGCAGAAACUGACAACGAAGAGAGAGGAGGCUGGGAAAAGAGUCCAAAGUCUGCAUGAGCGCAGGAGAGAUCGGGGAAAAGCAGCGGGUGUAACAGAGACAGUCACUGUCCUAUGUAGAGACAUCAGGAGACAGCUGGAAAACCUGGAGAAGAGAGUCCUGAGUGAGAUCUCCAGGCAGGAACAGUGUGUGUCACAAUUAGUCUCUGAUUUGAUCCAACAGCUGGAAGUAAAGAAGGACGAGCUGUCCAGGAAGAUGCAUCACAUUGAGGAGCUGUGUAACAUUUCUGAUCCAGUGACUGUCUUACAGGAACCAGAUACAUGUGACUUGUGUGAUACUGAGGACACAGAGAGACAUGAUAGCCAGGCCCGUGGUGCAGGAGAUCUGGAUGUGGGUCUUAUCUCAGGGACAUUACACAUGUUAACUGAUAUAAUCUCAUGUGUAAAUACAGGGAUCUAUGUGCAGGAGGCUACAGACCUAUUACUGGAUGUAACCACAGCUGGUAAUACAGAAUCGGAUAUAAUAACAGGUAUAAACACAGGGAUCUAUGUGCAGGAGGCUACAGAUAUAUUACUGGAUGUAACCACAGCUAGUAAUAAUAUACAGAUAUCAGGUGAUGGGAAAACUGCAUCCUGGUCACCAAACCAGAAACGUCCAGAAACACCAGAGAGAUUUCAGUACACUCAGGUAAUAAGCACCAGGGGAUUCUCCUCAGGGCGACAUUACUGGGAGGUGGAUGUCAGUAAAUCAGCGAUAUGGAGGGUAGGGAUGUGUUACCCCAGUAUAGACAGGAGAAAAGGUCAGUCAGGCAUUGGAGAUAAUAAAUCCUGGUGUUUGAAAAGGUGGCAUAAUAGUCUGUAUGUAGUGAUACAUGACAAUACAGAUAUCCGGUUACCUGACAAUACCCCCUGUGACACAGUGAGGGUGUAUCUGGAUUAUGAGGCAGGACAGCUGUCCUUUUAUUCUCUGGGUGACCCCAUCAGACACUUACACACCUACACUGCCGCCCUCACUGAGCCCCUCCAUGCUGCACUAGGUGUAUGGGAUGGUUGUGUAACUAUAUCUGGGGGAGUCAGGAGCUAGGAGAAAUUACCAUAAGGAAUCUACCCAGAGACUGGUGACAUCACAGGGAGAGGCAUCUGAUAUAUGAUCCAGCCAAUAGAAUUAAGUAGUGGUUGGAGCUACUGCUGUGCUCUUCUCCCUGUGUAACUAGAGCCCUCAUUCCGAGUUGUUCACUCGCUAGCUGCUUUUAACAGCCGUGCAAAUGCUAAGCCACCGCCCUCUGGGAGUGUAUCUUAGCUUAGCAGAAGUGCGAACGAAAGGAUCGCAGAGCGGCUACAAAAAAAGAUUGUGUAGUUUCAGAGUAGCUCCAGACCUACUCCUAGCUUGCGAUCACUUCAGACUAUUUAGAUCCUGUUUUGAUGUCACAAACACGCCCUGCGUGCGGCCAGCCAUGCCCGCAUUUCCCCAGGCACGCCUGCGUUUGUAUCUGUCACGCCUGCGUUUUUACACACACUCCCCGAAAACGGUCAGUUACCUCCCAGAAACGCCCACUUCCUGUCAAUCACUCUGCGGCCACCAGUGCGAUUGAAAAGCUUUGCUAGACCUUGUGUGAAACUGCAUCGGCUUUUGUGAAAGUACAUUGCGCGUGCGCAUUGAGCCGCAUACGCAUAAGUGCCGAUUUUUAGCCUGAUCGCUGCGAACAACGGCAGCUUUCGAUCAACUCGGAAUGACCCCCUAGGUGACUAGUGUAUCUGGAUUUGUUCCCAUAGGGAUGUGGGUCAAUGGGUUACCUAAUGUACAGUGCCAGGUGAGGUACAGCUUGUACAUACGUUACAAUAAAGCUAUAUAUACAUGCGUGUAUUUA